AUGUUAACACGACAAGGUGCAAAACGACUCCUUGAAGCUGAAUUUCAAAGAUUAUCCGAUAUUGAUAUUACUUUUGCUGAACGUCCAACAGAAUUAAUCAUGGCAGCGAAAACCGUCGCAAAUAUUCUUAGUAAAACUUCGGAACAGAUUCCUAAAUAUUCUGGACAUCCCAAACAAUGGUUUAAUGAAAAUACUACAAUAUUCGAAUCAUGGAAUGUAUUUAAAACUCAAUUUCUUCAUAUUUCUUCAUCUCCAUCAUCGAAACAAUUAGCAUCGAAUCGCUUACGAAGUCGGCAACAACGAUAUGAUGAAACUGUUAUUGAAUAUUACACAGAUGUUAUUAAAUUAUGUAAAUUAGUUGAUCCAAACAUGACAGAUGCAUCCAAACUUGAUCAUUUAUAUCAUGGAUUAAAACCGUCGUUAAUGAAAGACGUAUUACGUGAAGCUCCAUCCACACCAGCAGAUUAUUUAGAACAAGCACGAUGUGAAGAAAAUUUAGAUCGUCUCGUUUCUACAUCUCUUAAUCAACCACAUGAUAAUGAUACACAAGCAAUAAAUUACUCUAACAGUUCAUCGUAUAGAUCUACACAAUCGGCUGAAGCUAUACGUCAUCCAAACUCAUCCAAUAUGUAUUCUGGAGGUUAUUCUACAAACGGAUAUUCACCUCGGCCGGUAUAUAAUCGUUUUCCUAAUCAAUCAUCACCACGUUAUCCAUCACAAGCUCAACCAUCUUCGUUUAAUGCAUUACAUUACCAAUCACGUCCUUUACGAUGUUAUCUAUGCAAUAAACUGGCAUAUCCGACUUAUUCGGUACCAUAUCGUAAAUAUCUUCCAAUUAAUUACUCUCGACAGCAUUUUGUUAAACCCAUCGAACAACGCACUGCUAGAAAUCAAAAUAUUAAAAAAUCUAAUCCAUCAUUAAUUUUUAUCAAUACCCUCAUCAAUGGAUCACGUCUACGUGCUAUGAUAGAUACUGGAGCCACUCAUUCAUUUAUUACCCAAGGUGCAUUCAGCACAUUAUAUCAUUCAGCAAUACCACCAUGUGAUCGUAUAGCUCAAUUAGGUGAUGGUCAGACCCUGCUUAAAAUAGUGGGUGAAGUUCAAUUAUUAUCACAAUUUGAUAAAGUUUUUACCCGUUUAAAUGUUCUCGUUGUCAAAACCAUGAAUACUGAUUUUUUAUACUUGGUAGUGAUUGGUGUACAAGUAAUGCAGCACGAAUCGAUUAUAAAAAAAAUCAAGUGUCUAUACGCUCAUCAAAUGGCCGUAUAUUUAUUCCAUAUCACAAAUGCAUUGAUUCUUUAA